GACGAGUCCGGCCGAUCCCGGUGUGGAGAUGCAGAUUGACGACUACGAGUGCGGCAGCCAGGUUUCAAGCAACCGUGUGGGGCCCUUGAUCCCGGGAAAGGAAGGCAUGACGACUGAUGCGGAAAUCUCCGAGAUGGAAGAAGAAGCCCCCGAGACUUGCUUGCCACGUCCGCCUUGCAACGACCCCGCCGUUUGCGAGGAGAGCGACUCCGAGGACGACAGUGCGUCUAUGGCUACUACACUGAAGCUGGGCGAACACUUAGUGUCGGAGCAUGAGGUCGUGGAGUCGCCGUGCGACUGGUGCGACAUCAUGCCCGAGAAGGAAGGAUGCUGUGUGGGCUGUGGCUGCUCCUUGGUCCCGAUGGAUGAGGCAGCAGAGCCAAAGCAAUCCUUCAAGAAGAAGGCGGAGAGCGAGAGCGAUGAUGAUCUGCCUCCCUUUGUGGUCGAAGCGGCCAAAGCCAUGGACGAUUCCCAGGCGAGUGGUGCCACGGUUUCCACGGCCAAGCCGAAGCAGAGGAAGCUUGCUGGAGAGCAGGCGAAGCCGGAGAAGAAGAAGAAGAGUGAGCAGCAUGACAAUGGGGAGCCGAAGCCAAAGAAGAAGCGUGAGCAGCACGAGAAUGGGGAGACGAAGCCGAAGAAGAAGUGUGAGCAGCACGAGAAUGGGGCCCCGAAGCCGAAGAAGAAGUGUGAGCAGCUCGAGAAUGGGGAUUCCUUGCAUAAUGCAUUGGAGCAUGUCGAGCGGGACGAGAAGCCCAGUCACAAGCGUAAGGGCUUGGAUGAAGCUCCCAAGGCAAGCUUCAAGCGGCCCAAGACCAGGGGCAAGGGCCGGGAUUCGGAUGCUUCUACAGCUGCCCCUUCCAGUGCAGCAGGUGGUGUGUUAAGUGUCGAGAACAGCGAGGCCGAGCAGGAGGAGCGCCGGGCUAUUGUGCCAGCACCAGCAGUGCCGGCGGAGACCGGGGAUGAUAUGUGGCACUCGUAUGACUUGAAGGCCUUGAAUGUGCCAUCCGAGUGCAGGCCUCGGGGGCCGGGGCGUGGACUGCAUUCAUACACCGUCUCUUUCGACGGAGCAACCUUCGAUGUUCUCAUGAAGAAGAAAGGGUUUUUUGUGAAGAAACCCGUCGGGGAGGGCAAGAAGGGCACGAUCAGUUGGGCUUGCAACGGUGGGAUUGAGGCGGCCUGGCUCAAGGCGAAGAAGCAUGCAGGUUUGAAGUAG